AAAUAUCAAAUCAAAUUUUAUUUGCAAAACAUCAUUAUUAAUAAUAAUAAAUAAGAAUAAAAUGUCAGGGAUAAAAUAAUAACUUUUGGGAAAUGUCAUGUCAGGAAAAUUUUAUGUUUGUGACUAGGCCCAUUCAAGAAUAUGUCGUGUCUAACAAUUGAAAGGAAAAUGAUAUCGAGAGCAACAAGAUACAUAUAGCUUCAUAAUUGAUUGAUCUGCAAUGUUAAAAAUAAUAUGCAGGCACCUAAAAUGAUCAAUUCAUUUAACGCUCUUUCUUCCAUCAUACGAAAAAAACAUGACACCAGAUGAAUUAUUAAAUGAUUUUGAAAAAUUACUUUCUAGCGGAAAUAAUUAUGAUGUAAUUAUUAAAGCUGGAAAAAAUGAAAAUAUUAGAAGUUUCUAUACUCACUCUUUAAUAUUAAGUUCAAGGUCAACUUAUUUUAAAGCUGCAUUAUCAAAGAAUUGGGCUCGUAAAAAAUAUGGAAUUGUCGUUUUUAAUAAACCAAAUAUUAAUCCAAAAAUUAUGGAAUUAAUAUUAAAGUAUAUUUAUACUGGAACCAUUGAAUUAGAUAAACAGAAAGGACUAGAUAUAUUAAAAUAUCUUGUAGCGUCAGAUGAAAUAUGUUUCGGAAAUUUACAAAAUUAUAUAGAAAGUUACAUAAUUGAGAAACAAGAGAAAUUUUUAAACGAAGAUCCAACUGAAGUUCUUCAAACGAUACUUCACUAUGAAUCUUUAACUUCUAUAAAAAAUUUUUAUUUACAGUUAAUCUGUGAUAACCCUGAAGUAUUAUUUGAAUCUUCCACGUUUUUAACAAUAGAUAAGACUAUUUUAAUCUCUAUUGUUAAAAGAGAUGAUUUAUACAUGAAUGAAUAUAAUAUUUGGGAAUAUAUAUUAGAAUGGGGAAUAGCACAAAUGUCAAAAUGUAUUAAUAUUAAUGUAUAUUCCAAUUGGACUGAAGAAGAUUUCGUUGAACUUGGAGAAAUUCUUUACGAUUUUAUUCUACUUAUUAGAUGGGCCCAAAUCCCUCCAAAAUUAUUUCAUCAAAAAAUAAGCCCGUUUAAAAGGAUUUUUUCGGAAAAUAUUUACGAUGAUAUAAUUGGAUACUAUUUAGAUCCUGAUUCCCCACCAAAAUCUUUAUUCGUAUCACAACCAAGAAAUCCGUCCUUUAAAAUUAUAAAUAAAAAACACUUUGCUAUAAUUACUAGUUGGAUAGAUAAAGAAAAAGAAUAUUACAAUAUUAAGAAUGUUCCUUAUUCUCUUGAACUACUUUAUAGCGCAACUAGAGAUGGAUUUGAAACAACAAAAUUCCAUGAAUUAUGUGAUGAUAAAGGACCAACACUCAUUGUUGCUAAAGUUAAAGAUACUGGAAGGUUAAUUGGAGGAUAUAAUAUAAAAAAUCACGCAAUGUUAGGCGAUAGCUUUAUAUUUUCUUUUAAAAAUCAAGAUGAUCUUAGUUCACCUAUAAUUGCAAGAUGUGAUGAUUACGACUCUAUUUUUACUGAUUAUCCUAGCUUUAUUAACUUAUUUAAUUUGACCAUCAAGGAUCCUGGAAAAGAAUCUUUUAUAAAUGUUGAUUUGAUGGAAGAUUAUGAAGUUUUUAAAAUUACAAAACUUAACAAAUCAGUAAAUCGUGAAAAAAUCGUAAAAAGCAAAAUUGAUUCAAUGAUGUAA